GACUUCAUCAAGCGGCGGCGGCCGGAGGGAGCGGCUCUGGUCGAGCGACGUUCACAGACAGUGGGAGAGAGAGAGCGACGCGCAGCAGAGCGAACGGGUGGAUGACGACAGACCGUCAGGAUGCGUGAAUACAAACUGGUUGUUUUGGGAUCAGGAGGCGUAGGAAAGUCAGCUCUGACUGUCCAGUUCGUUCAGGGAAUCUUUGUGGAAAAAUACGACCCGACGAUAGAGGACUCCUACAGGAAG